AUGGCCGUGGGGGACAGCUCCCGGGCCACCUCUCCACGCCUGUCCCAGGACUCCCUGGACGUGGAGCCUGUGGGGAGCCCUGAGCCCCCGGCCCUGCCCAUGGAGCCUUCUGCCCACCCGGGCCGGCUGCUGGCCAGCCAGAAGCUAGAGCGGGUGCUGGAGCGGUCCGGCCGGCUCCCGGCUUCCCCUGCCAGCUUGGUAUAUCACCGCCGCUCCCUGCCGCCUACGAGGAGGCCUGAGUAUGACGUGCCCCCUUUUGGAGCAAGGGACCAGGGGGCCACCACGGCAGACACUGACCUGGAGGCAGGCCUGGAAGAAGCAGAGGUGGUGAGGGGCACGGGGCCUGAAGCCGGGGCCUGCCCUCCCGGACAGGGUCUUCGCUACCUGGAGCACCUGUGCCUGGUGCUGGAGCAGAUGGCCAGGCUGCAGCAGCUCCACCUGCAGCUGCAAACCCAGAGGCCCCCUGGGGGCCCCGUGGAGGAGGAGGAGUUGACUGUGGCUCCUUCACCUCCACCCUCUCAUGCCUCAGGCAGUGAGAUUCGGGGGUCAUGGGAAUUGCACAGCCAGGCUCCGGAGACAGGCGAAGAAAGAGCUUCACUCCCAAUGGUAGGGGUGCCCAGUGCCAACCCUUUCAGGCUGUCCAGAGUCCCGGCACAACCAGCUCACACCUGUCAGCCCUCCCAGAGUCACAGAGAUCUCUCCCACUGGAACAAGAUCAAGGUCCUUCUCAAUCGGAUUCGCUGGAAGAGCCCUCAACACCCUGAGCCUCCCACCCCUCCUCAUGGCCCUGCUUCCAGAGUUGAGUCAAGGGACCUUCCAUGUCGUCCCCUCAGGAAGACCUUUAUGCCAUCGUUAGUGGUGAAGAAGCAACGAGCAAAAAACCUUUCUUUCUCCUGA